AUGAGCUCAGGCAAGUACCUCCAACUCAAGCAGUAUUUGAAGGCCCUUCCAGACAAACUCCCCAUCUCACCUCCAGAGUCGAGACUCAACCGCUUGCUGAACUUCAUGCUUGAUCAAGAUUGGGUAAUUGAUGCAGGAGAAGAAGUGGCCAUUAAUCAAGAACUGGAGGCUGCCUUGCAUGACUUUCUCCCCAGAAAUGAUAAUGGUAUCUUUUACAUCAAGGAACAAGGGCCAGGCAUUGAAGCGCUGGCGGACGUACUUGACUAUUGGCUGCCAAAACAUCCUGGAUCAGUGAUCUUGGAGUUAUGGUUGAAAAGUGCGAUCAAGUCUGCAAAGAAGUGCAUAUUGACUCAUGGCAGGGAGCUUCCAGAGUUUGAUCCUGAGCCUCAGAACAUUCAACAUGCUCCAAAAGGAAAGGCUACUGUGAAAUCAGCAAGUUCCAAGCAGUCGACAUUGAAUGUGACUCACCAAACAACCCUGUUCAACUUAACGGCCCCCAGCUGGCAACCCAAAUCAAGUGCAACAUCGACAAAGAAGCUUGACAUGAAAGCCCUUGCAGAUACCAUCAACCCCGAUUAUGUAGAUGGUGCUGAGCCAGACGAUCAUCGGGAGGUGGCAGACAAGAGCAAGAAGCUGGCAUGUUGUCUCGCAAGCAAGGGUUGUCACACCACCUGGGGGUGGCCUGGUGAUAGGACUCGUAUCUUGAAGCAUGCAGUGGCUUGCAGUUAUCUGGCAAAAAUGGAAGGCAGAGACUUGGUUUGGCAAGCAAUUCAGGAGCUCACCAGGAAAGAACCUGGCCUGGUGAAUAAGUUAAUGAAGAACAUGGGCGUCGCGCCAGCAGGGCAGUUAGUAGGAAUCACCCACCAACACUGA